GACAGCUUUGGGAUAGGAUCCAAUGCAGCAUUGGUGUUUGAUCAAUGGGGCGGGGGCAGUGUUGCCGAGGCGCUGGACCGAGACCGUGGCGUGGCGGAAGAGAUGGUCAUAUACGAUGAAAAUGUUGACCUGGUAGCCAAGUCAGAAGUUGCUGGUUUUAGCCCCGGGGGUGGUUAUGGUUACUUAAGGUGGCGCUAUCAUGCUGCUCGAGCUAUCGAAUGCCACGCGCAAAGCCUGGGACUUGAUCUGCGCUACGGGGUCCGGGUAGAGGAAUACUGGGAGGAUGACAACAAAGCUGGUAUCGUUGUGGACGGCAGCCGCAUAGCUGCUGAUUGCGUGAUUGCUGCGGACGGCGUCCAUAGCCGAGGAAGAUCUGCAAUUAAAGGAAAUACUGUCACCCUUCAAGAUACAGGAAAUGUGGCGUUCCGGGAUGGAUUCGAAAGUGGAAGCCUUCGACAUGAACCUACGACUCAAUGGCUCUUUGAAGGUGUUGAAGAAAAGGACAAGCUCCUCGAAUUUAUCGGCAGGAAUGUGUUGGUUAUGAUUGGAUCGGGGAGAAAUGGCGGAGAUGUGUACUGGGGGUGUAUCUUGAAGGAAAGACAUAACUACCUGGCCUUCUAUGAACCUGCGGGUAUGGAUGAGGCACUACGUCAGAUCAGCCAUUGGCCAGUGUACGACAAAGUCGGGACAGUAAUUGGCAAAAUACCCGAGGGCACCUCCUAUAAAUAUUGUCUCUUUGUUUCAGAUCCAAUUGAUGAAUAG